AUGCCUCAAGGCAAGGGCCAGGUCAAAUAUGCUGUUGUUGCCGUAGACUACUUCACCAAGUGGGUAGGAGCCAAAGCCUUAGCAACGAUAACGGCAGCCAAUAUGGAAGAUUUCAUCUGGAUGAACAUUUGCUGCCGAUUCGAAAUCCCCUACACCAUCAUCACCGAAAACGGCAGGCAAUUCGAUUCGGAAGCCUUUAGGCAGUUCUGCACUCGCCUCAAGAUCAAUCUGUUCUUCGUUUUGCCAGCUCACCCCCAAUCGAACGGUCAAGUCGAGGCAAUGAACAAAAUAGUCAAGAAGCUAUUGAAACGGCAACUUGACAAGGCCAAAGGAGCCUGGCCGGAGAAUCUUCCAGAAGCAUUAUGGGCCAUUCGGACAUCCUACCAAACGGCCAUCGGGGAAACACCGUUCUCCAUGGCCUUUGGCUCGGAAGCGGUAGUCCUAGUAGAAAUCGGAGAACCUUUCUACCGAACGGAAACUUUCGCCCCAAAGACGAAUGAGGAGGCACUCGCCUUAAGCGUCGACCUGAUCGAAGAACGUCAAGCGCAAGCCAACCUUCGGAAUGAAGCUUACAAACAGCGCGUCUCUUGGUAUUACGACUCCAGGGUCAGAUCCCGAUCUUUCCGAGUCGGAGAUUGGGUCAUGCGAAAAGUCUCUUUGCCAACUAAGAAUCCCACGAAAAGAACCCUCGGACCUUCUUGGGAAGGACCUUACGAGAUCAUCGACAUCCAGCGAUCGGGGACUUAUCGACUCAGAGACUCCAACGGAAAGACCCUCGGUCAUCCUUGGAACGUAGAGCACUUGAAAUAUUAUUUUAAAUGA